ACGAAAUACAGAGCAGGAGAGCAGCUCCAACUCGUUCUCCUCCUCCUCUUCAUCGUCGUCUUCCCCAGUGAAACAACAUUAGCAGCAGCUCAGCAAAAAGACAAAGCGGAUACGAGACUGCAGCAGCAAGCACCCGGUGUACAGGGGAGUCCGAAUGCGGAGCUGGGGGGAAAUGGGUACCCGAAAUCAGGGAGCUGCGCAAGAAAUCGCGAAUCUGGCUGGGUACUUUCCUGGCGACUGAAAUGGUGGCGCGCGCCCAGGAUGUGGCGGCGCUCUACAUCAAGGGGAGAUAUGAAGUUCUCAAUUUCCCCGACUUGGUUAGCUCCCUGCCACGGCCAACCUCUGUCGCGCCCGGGACGUCUAGACAGCCAAGGCCGCCCUAAUGGACCAAUUCGACGGGAAGCGGACUGCGGACAACGAUUCUGGCGGCGUCUUCGCUGGAGGGGUUGA